CCCAGGGCCUCUCCUGGAGACAGGAAUCAUUGUCCCGGCUGCCAUGCCCAAAGCUAUGGGGGAUGUUGCAUUGUCCCUAGGGGCAGAAGAGCCUAGCAUGGCCCGGGCCAUUGUUCGCAGUGUGGGCGGCUUCAGCCUGGGAUUGUCCUUGGCUACGGCCUAUGGGCUUCUGGAGCUGCUGGUGGAGGGGCGCAGCCCCCGGGGCUGCCUGGUGGGCACCGUCACUUUGGCUGCCUUCCUUAGCCUGGGGAUGGGGUUCUCCCGCCAGGUCCGAGCCACUGUCUUUCUGAUGCUGCCCCAGGCUUUCUCCAGGCAUGGCCGGAUGCUGCUGUUGAUGGCUGCUUUUGGGUUGGUACUCCAAGGGCCUUGUGCCAACACUCUGCACAACUUCUCCCAGGCCAGUAAGGCGGUGGCCUGUGGGGCAGAGCUGGCUCUGAACCAGACUGCGGAGGUGCUGGAGCAGGCCAAGCAGCCCCUCGUCAGUGCUCUGAAUAAGAUUAAAGCUAUCGCCAGGAAGGCCAAAGUGGCUGCUGACCAGAUCCGAAAGUUCUUUCGCUCAAUCAUGGAUGGUGUGAAGCAUGUGGCCAGGGCCCUGAGGAAUGUGUGGUAUUGGCUUCUCCACAUCGGUGACAUCUGCAACUCAGAGCUGGGCAACCCUUACUCAAAGUGUGCGCGGGUUUUUGAUGACGCCAAAGACAACUGCAUGAAGAUCAUACCACAAGCCUACCACCUGUGUUACGUGCUCAUGCCCUUCAAAUUGGCACUGUGUGGACUUGCCAGCCUGGUCCAGGUGUUCUGCAUCAUCCCCAAGUACAUACAGCCCUUCUUGCGCAAGACCAUCGGUACCCCCAUAAUGAAGCUGAUUAACCGGGUGCGUCAAGAGUUUGAGUUCAACAUGACAGUCACCCACUACUUCUCUGUGGACCUCAAUGCCUCUCGGAGCCUCUCCCAGGUGGCUCUGGACCUCCACGAGGCCGUCAGCCUGAAGCUGCAAGGCUUCCAAGAGGCCCUGGCUCUGAUGGGCUACGCUGUGCCUCUGCUGCUCACGCUCCUUUACCUCCAAGCCCUGUUUUACCGGUACGCCUACCUGAACUGGGAUGAUUUUGACAACAUCUACAUCACCAGCCUGUUCCUGCGCAUGGAGGCUGUGCGCUCCCUGGCAGGGCUGCCCACAGUGCUGCCGCUCAGUGCCCACGAGGCCAGACAUUACAUCCACCCUGGCUCCAUUUUCCUGUCCCGAUGGGAGCAGAUUUUGUACAUCCUGGAACUCCUUGGCCUGAUGCGCCACCUCAUCAUCAUGUUUCUCCUGGUCUUCCUGGAUUAUGCUGUCUUCUGGGUGCUUGACCUGGCCCGGUACCAACUUCAAGGGGAGAUCGUGGCCCGCAGCCCAGUCUUAGUGUCCAUAACUGUGGAAGGUUCAGGAUAUACAGGGAAUAUUUACCGUGACCUGGUGUCAGCUUUCGACGUCCUGCAGCAGGGCAACGUCAGCAUCUUGUCCCAGAAGUGCCUCCUGAAGCCCUCAGAGCCAGACUCCACCAGUUACAUAGUCAUCGGCGCCAUGUACGGCCUAUGCUUCUUUGUCACUCUGUGUGGUGGCUAUGUCAGCCGGCUUCGGCGAGUCAUCUGCGCCUCCUACUAUCCAUCUCGUGAACAGGAAAGGAUCUCCUACCUCUACAACAUACUUCUGAGCCGGCGAACUAACCUGCUGGCCACCCUGCAGCGAGCGGUGAGGCGCCGGGCAGCUGACCAGGGCCACAUGAGUGCCCUCCAGGUGCUAGCCUUCAGGUGCCCAUGGCUGAGACCAUUUAUCAGGCAGUUUCAGCUGUACCAGACCUACUGCUUGUGCUGUGGGCAGCCUCCAGAGAAAGGGGACACAGACAGCUUUGUGUACUGCAGUACCCCAGGGUGCCAAGGUCGCUACUGCCAGGACUGCUACAGCCUCCUGGGCAGCACCUGCUUUGUGUGUGCUGCUCCUCUCUCCUACCAGGGGAACCUGGACAUAGAACUGGACUCGAGCGAGGAGGAGGGCCCCCCACUACAGCUGGCUGUGGCUGAAAGGAGGGCCACCGAGGAGGAACCAAUCCUGUGGCAACAGCUCCAGGAAGCACCGGACAGAAGCUACUCAGAGAAGUCUAGCUCUGGGCCCAGUGACCUGGAUGAGGAGGAGACUUAGAGAGGUAGCACACGGCCAUGGCUCCAGCCUGAAGCCCACCCAGGACUGGCCAUGCCAUCAGAAAUCUUCUGCCCCACCCCCAGCAGUCCCUCAAACCCUGUCUUUCACCUCCCUCUCAUCCUGAUUCCUCC